UAAUAGUGUCGUGGAGCGGAGAGAUGCUCCCGGUGUGACCCGGAUGUAGCGGCGGUCUGCCUCGUUCCUCUCGUCUGAUCCUCUUAUCACCGAAAAGGCGGCCGAGAUGGAUGUUGUCAACCAGUUGGUUGCCACUGGAGAGUUCACAAUCAUCAAACAGCCAUUAGGAUUCAUUAAAGUCUUACAAUGGUUCUUUGCCAUCUUUGCAUUCUCCACCUGUGGCGGUUACUCUGGAGUGUUUCGUCUGAGUGUGGAGUGUAAGAACCGCUCAGAGAGUGACCUAAACAUUGAGGUUGAGUUCGGCUAUCCAUUCAGACUGCACCAGGUGUGGUUUGAUGUUCCUACGUGUAAAGGGCCGGAGCCAGAGCGUCUGUUUCUAGUGGGAGACAACUCUUCCUCUGCUGAAUUCUUUGUCACCAUUGGUGUCUUUUCCUUUCUUUACUCAAUGGCCGCCAUCUCAGUGUACAUCUUCCUCCUUGAGAAAUACCGUGAGGGAAACAAAGGCGCUCAGGCUGAUUUUGUGGUGACCGCUAUCUUUACCUUUAUGUGGUUGGUGAGUUCAGCAGCGUGGGCCAAAGGUCUCUCAGAUGUUAAGAGGGCAACCGACCCUGAUGAUGUCAUCAACCUCAUUGCUGCGUGUGAUCAUGAGGAUAAUCGCUGCAAAGAAAUCCACGAGCCUGUAGUGUCUGGACUAAACACAUCUGUGGCUUUUGGGUUCUGUAAUAUGGUGCUGUGGGCUGGGAACAUGUGGUUUGUCUUCAAGGAAACAGGUUGGCUCGCAGCCUUCUCUGGCACUUAUGCGCCAUCUGGAGAGAAGCAGCCAGCACCAGACUCCUUCGGCCAAGCCUAUGGACAAGAAGGUUAUGGACAGGACCCGCAUGCCAGCUCCCAGGGCGGGUACCAGCCUGACUAUGGCCAACAGGGGGGUGGAUAUGAAGGUGGAGGGUACAACCAAGGAGUGUAUGGUCAGGGCGAACCCACCUCAUUCGCUAAUGAGAUGUGAGUGCAGCCACAGCGGCUGAAGCUCUGCACUGAUUACAGCAAAUUGACAGUCAUGUGGUCAGCCAGCGUGGAAACUAUUAGCUAUGUUUUCACUUUCUUCAGUCUUUUAAAAGGGAAAUUGGAGGGGGGGCACUUAACCUACAGUUAUAACUGAGGGUAUAUGCAUUGGACCCAAUGCACCUAGUGUGCACCUAAUUUUAAUAUGCUGUCCACCCAUCCUAUUAUCAUAAAGAAACACUUGAACAUGCAACCAAAAAAACGAAUGAAAACUAUUAUGUAUAUGUUAUGUACGGGGAACAGUUUGAAUGAAUUAAUAUAUAAAUUAUAGUAAUAUUAAACUGAAUGUGUUUGUUUGUGUGGUGUAAAUAUGAAAUAUAUUUAAACAGAUCCAGUAUACUGUAUUGUGAAUUAAACUUAACAUUGCUUUUGUUUGUUUUGUUAUUUGUGAUUUAUCUUGUAGUCCCCACAUUUGUUUACUUAUUUAUGAUUUAUUGUAGUGGUGUUUUUCCCCAUCUUACACUACAUCGUCUUCAUCGUUCAAACCCACAUUAAGAGUCAACCUUAAACAUCCUACCGAAUGUGUGAUAUGUUUCCUUUUUUAUGUGUGUAAAAUAUUCUUCGAAGGUUUGGGAGAACACAGAUUAGAGAGUGUAUCGAAGUGAUGUGUCAAUAACUGCUAACAGAAAGUAUUAACAAAAGUCAGAAGUUUGAGAUCAAAUUGGAACCAAUCCAGAGUAAGGAGAGAAACAGAGUAAUACAUUACCAAAGACUAUAUGGAUCUUUUUGGCCCCUAUUCCUCAUAAUGUGCACAAAUUACGCAACAGAAACAUUUUUUUCAGUGUUUUGGUUGUAUAUGCAAACCUUUAUGAAUAUGGCAUAAUUCCAAAUGCACAUAAGUGUGUUAAAGGGCUAGUUCACCAAAAAAACGAGAAUUCUCUCAUCAUUUACUCACCCUCACGCCAUUCCAGAUGUGUUUGAAUUCUUCUGCAAACUAAGAUUUUUAGAAGAAUAUUUCCCCUCUGUAGGUCCAUACAACACAAGUGAAUGGGUACCAAGGUUUUUACACUCCAAAAAUCAAAUGAAGUCAGCAUAAAAGUAAUCCAUACAAUUUUUAUCCAUAACUUCAGAAAUGAUAUGAUAUGUGUGGGUGAGAAACAGAUCAAUAUUUAAGUAAAUGUUUGCAAGAAAUUCUUCCCCCUGCCCAUUAGGGGACGUAUACAUGAAGAAUGUGAAUCACACAAAAAAACAAGAAGAAGAAUGUGAAAGUAAAAGUGGAGAUUGGCUGAGCAGAGAGGAGAUUUUAUAGUAAAAAAGGACUUAACUAUUGAUGUUUCUCACCCCCACCUAUCAUAGCACUUCUGAAGAUAAGGAUUAAAACACUGUAGUCAUUAUGGAUUACUUUUAUGCUGACUUGUGUGAUUUUGGAGCUUCAAAAUUUUGGCACCCAUUCACUUGCAUUGUAUAGACCAAAAGAGCUUAAAAUCUUCUAAAAAUCGUAAUUUGUGUUCUGCUGAAGAAAGAAAGUCACACACAUCUAAAAUGGCAAGAGGGUGAGUAAAUGACGAGAGAAUUUUCAUUUUUAGGUGAAUUAUUCCCUUGAUUAUAAAACGCAACAUAGGAAGUAGUGAAUACUUUUAAAGUCUGACAUGGGUGCUUCAGUACUUGAUAAUCUGUUUAUCUAGUUCUGUGGAACGCUACUGAGUUUCAUGGGUAUCAUUUCUGAAAAAUUAUUUCCAUGUGUUUUGGCUUUUUGUUUAUACUAAAAUUGUUGUUUUUAUGCUGUCUGUCUGUUAUGCUGCAUUUCACAUGAAAGGUCAUUCUUUCUCUCCCCCACUAUAUUGUCUGAUAAUGCAAAUAAAGUCAAGUUAGAGAAUGGUGUGGUGAUUAUGUCAUUA